UUCAGUACUGUUUAGACUCGUCAUUCUGACAAAUUUGUACAAAAAUGACUCGUAAAAAGUUAGGAUAAAAAGAAAAAAAAGUAUGUAAAGAGGAUGAAGUAAAUUUUGCACGUAAACUAUUAUCAGGAUAUUCAAAUCAUGAAGUUGCUUCAUCGUGAAAGGAAAUUUUCAGGAAAUUUUUGAUCUGGAAUAUGGUUAAAUGAUGGAUGAAUCAGGUCAGAUAAUAACGAUCUUUAUAGGACAGGCUGGCACGCAACUAGCAAGCGCCUGUUGGGAAUUAUUCUGCCUAGAACACGGGGUAGGACCGAAUGGUUGUAUUCGUCAGGGUUAUUACCCCAUAGACACUUCGUUUUGCACAUUUUUCGCAGAAACGCAAGCAAGAAAAUUGACCCCAAGAACGUUGAUCGUCGAUCUAGAGCCCACUGCGAUCGAUGAGAUUAGAACAGGCACAUACAGGAAGCUGUUCUCUUCGGAUUCAUUGAUCUCUGGAAAAGAAGAUGCGUCGAACAAUUACGCGAGAGGAUAUUAUACCAUCGGUAAAGAGGCGAUCGAUCUCGUAUUGCAUCGCGUUUGCAAACUAUGGGAGUCAUGCUCGAAACCCCGUGGAUUCAUGGUGUUUAGGUCCCUUGGCGGUGGUACCGGAAGUGGUUUCGCCACAUUGCUGCUACAACGUCUAAUGCGGGACUAUCCUAAGAAAAUCACCCUAGAUUUUGCCAUUUAUCCAUCCCCCAAUAUCUCCACCGUUAUCGUCGAACCGUACAACUCGAUUUUUACCAUAGACAGUAGCCUAGACAGCGCUGAUUGUUGCUUCCUGGUGGACAACGAGGCUCUGUACAAUAUUUGCUCAAAAAACUUGGACGUAGACUGCCCAACGUAUACGAAUCUAAAUCGACUACAGGCUCAAGUAGUUUCGAGCAUCACAGCCUCGAUGAGGUUCGAGGGAGCUGUGAAUCUGAGCCUUCAAGAACUCCAAACGAACCUGGUGCCUUAUCCAAGGAUUCAUUUCGCCAUGGCUACCUAUGCCCCGUUGAUCUCUGCUUCUAAGGCCAUGCACUCGGACAUCACCACGCAACAGAUCACGUACGAGUGUUUCGAGCCAUCUAACCAGAUGGUCAAGUGCGACCCGCGUACAGGAGCUUACAUGAGCUGCUGUUUGCUAUAUCGAGGAGACGUGAACCCGAAUGACGUAAAUAAAACGAUCGCUUCCAUGAAGGGAAAGAAAUCGAUUCGCUUCGUCAGUUGGAGCCCGACUGGGUUCAAGGUAGGAAUUAAUUAUCAACCGACGACCACGGUUCCCGGCGGAGAUUUAGCAAAAUCGAAAAGAACAGCGGCAAUGGUCGGCAAUAACACAGCUGUUCGAUACAAUUGGGGACUGUUGGCUCGUAAAUUCGACUUGAUGUAUCAGAAGAGAGCUUUCGUUCAUCACUACGUAGGGGAAGGUAUGGAGGAAAGUCUGUUCCAAGACGCGCUGAACAACAUGGUAACUUUGAUAGACGAUUAUAAAGAGGUCGAAAAGUGAACGAAGGGAUACACGUGUGUCCGAAUCGUAUUCACCUUGCAAGAGGGGAAGAAGAAAUGAAGAAGUAUAGCUACUGUACGAGAUAAGAGAGAGAGAGAAUCAGGAGAUAAAUGAUAAAGAGGGAACCGGCAGACUUCAUGGCACCGUUCUUCAUUAAUCACUCUCGACGUGGAUAAAAAAUCACGUAUCUCUCGUCUGGUACUCGUAAAAAGGCGCGUGUUGAAAAUUACCUACGAUCACAGUACCCUAGUACGAUUCACGUAAUAAUGCGUGCCUGAUAACAAACGAUGCUUGGUAAUUCCGAGCGAUAACGACGCGUCACCACCUUUGUUCUGGGUGAAUAAUUACAUCUUUACUCUGCUUAUCGGGAAACGAUCAAAGUCCGAAAUAGAAUUAAUCGCGAGGAAUCGUACCUGUCCUGAUAAAGAUUAAUCGCAUUGGUAAAUGACAUCUAAAACAGAUGUAGAGAUCGAGGAAAAUCCACAGAAAAUACGGUACUACAGGCGUGUCAACGAAAGAAGAGAUACUCGAAGGAAGAGCAAAGAUAGACAACUGCGUUUCGUAUCAGGAUCGUCGAUCGCCUAUCGCGAUCACGUCGUUUCUUUUUCACUCCUCUCUUCGAUGCCACGAAAGUUUCACGUGAAUCCAUGCGACUUUCGCGCGUUAUCCCCAUCGUCCCGGAAAGUUUCUUAUCCGACACAUUUUUGACUUACGUAGAACGAUCGUACGGCCCCGAUUGACCCGUGGCUCGUCAAACAAAUUUUCCAUCGGCAUCGUUUACUCCUCUUAAAUACAAGUGUCCUGACGUUUUGAAUUAUCUGAAAAGAUGAGUUAUCCUUCAUCAGUCACCAUUUCGUUAUCAUUUUCCUCGUCUAUUAGUUUCACCAUUACCCUAUUUCUAUCGUCUGGCUUAAUUUUAGAAACAUCGUUUUUCCUUGUUUGUCGUGAGCUUUGGAGAGGCGUGUGUUUGCAUACAUGCAAGAGGAUGAUUGCUAGUUUUCUCCUAGACACAAUGGUAGACGAGCUGGCAACGAUCCUCUUCAUGUUUUCUGUAAUCUUGUAUCACAGUGAAAAAUUAUGAAACGAAGUGUAGAUAAAUGUUUAGAUAGAUAAAUAAAAAUUUUAACCCACUUUCCUGAGAGUCUGACAAUUUUCAAAUAAUGAACUUUGAGUUUAAGAUGCAAAUAAGAAUUGUACGAUGUCUGGGUCAAGCCGGAGUUUGGGAGGUCGUGCACCUUUUGGAAAACUUUUGACACGAUGAAUAAACAUAAACAAAUGGCGUGUCAAUAAGAAGCAAAGUACAUCUGUAUGAUGCGAAACGUUAUCACCUCUUGUCGGGGGAGUUCCUUUUUUUCAUCCAUCGUAUCAAUGCUAACGACGUGUCAUCGCACGACUUACGCAUUAUUUUCCAUCUACACGCGUACAUUAUAUGUUUACAUGGUUUAACCUUGAUCGUUGAGUUGUUAUCUUGAAGAACUUUGAUUUUGUUAAUUCGAAUAGGUGGAAAUCGUACAUCAACAAGACGAGGCAACGACGUUUUCUCGUGAUUUUAUUUACAAAACCAGCUUUGAUAUCUGAAUGUAUUUCACCGAAUUAAUUUUUAUUUUUAUUGGUGACGAGAUGUUUGGAGAAAAAAACGCACGAGUGUUAUUGAAAACAUUCCAUGAUCGAGGGAACAAAUACGCUCGAGAAGGUCUAUCGUGUUUGCUGGAUCAAUUUAGAUCACCUGAUCAAGGAAAAUCUUGAAAAGCUUGUUUCGUAAUUUUCAUGGAAAAUGAUAAAUACCUCCUACGUUGUUUUGCGAAUUGAAUUUCUGAAAUUAAGAUGAAAAUUGCAACAUCGUGUUUGGUUCCUUCCAAAAGAGGGAUUUCCCAGUUUCUUUACUAACAAUGAGAUGUUAAUAAAUUUUUAUAAUAUUUCCUGUAAUAUGAAGAUCUAUCUAGUCUACCCUAAACAACAAUUCUAAUAACAGGUGAUAACAUUGAAAGGGUUAAUCAAAAGGUUGCCCUAUCCGUGCGUUGAUCCGUCCAUCAGGAAUUGCGCCACAAUGGCUGGCAGCUUAUCAAAACUAGUAUGGGCGAGUAUUCGAUAAGGUUGCAUCGAGAGGUAGGAGAAAGAGUAGGAGAGGAUGAAGCGUAUCUAAAUCUUGACUUUUUGACACGUUCUGAAAAAUGUUCCACCCCUACCACUGAUGGUUCCCAUGCACUGCUCGUGGAUUCGGUGAACACGAUGAAUGACGCGACCAUUCUUCUUAUCACCAGAUCCCGUGACGUCGACUUUAUCGUAUAAAUUAUCCACGGAAGGAGGUCCGUUCGUCAGUUCAGCUUUUCUCCUCGCACAAUUGCGAGGCGAGGUACAACUACCGCAAGACAUUUCUUCUUGUUAUACCAUCAAUUUACUUCCACUUAACAACAUAGAAUUUCACGAUUCUAUUACAACAAUCUAGUCUCCUUCAGUACACUUCAAUCGACAGAAAACAAAG